UUCGUUAGCCUUAAGGAGGAGAAGGAAAGUGACGCUUGAUGCGAGCGAUGAUUUGAGCGAAGGCUUCGGUUCCUCUCCUCUUAUUUGUAUUCGAAGCUCUCUCUCUUCUUCCUCCCCCGAGAAAACAAACCGCACCGUCGCUUCCGCUUACGGUUAUCGAAACCCUAAGCUUCUUCUCUCCCCCAGUCUCCUCUUCAGAUCGUGUCACUGUGCUCUGAUUUGAGCUCAGUCGGGCCGGUUUGAUUUGAUUGAUAAGCGGGUUCGGCAGUUUGCCAGCCGGCGCUAGGCGGUUGAUGGGGAAAGGAGGGGAGGACUACGGGGACCGGCGGCCCGCCGCCUCUCAGAAGAAGCCGGGCGAUCGGGAGGUCUUCCCGGCCUGGGCGAGGGAGACCGCGGAGUGCGAGAAGCAGUACCAGACCAGUAGGAGGUUCGGGUUGAGUUCCGAGGAGGUCGAGCGGAGGCAGAGGAUCUAUGGCCCGAAUGAGCUGGAGAAGCACGAGGGGUCCUCGAUUUGGAGCCUGAUCCUGGACCAGUUCAACGACACUCUCGUCCGGAUCCUCCUCGGCGCCGCCAUAAUCUCCUUCGUGCUCGCCUGGUAUGACGGCGAGGAAGGGGGUGAGAUGGAGAUCACCGCCUUCGUGGAGCCGCUCGUCAUCUUCCUUAUCCUGAUUGUGAACGCAAUCGUGGGAGUUUGGCAGGAGAACAAUGCCGAGAAGGCAUUGGAAGCGCUCAAGGAGAUCCAGUCCGAGCAUGCGACGGUGAUUAGGGGUGGGAAGAAGAUCCCGAAUUUGCCGGCGAAGGAGCUCGUGCCCGGGGAUAUCGUGGAGCUUAAGGUUGGAGAUAAGGCGCCUGCGGAUAUGCGGGUCCUGGAGCUGAUUAGCUCAACAUCCCGACUGGAGCAGGGCUCCCUGACUGGGGAGAGUGAGGCAGUGAACAAGACCAGUAAGCCAGUUCCUGAGGAUGCUGAUAUACAGGGCAAGAAGUGUAUGAUUUUUGCCGGAACUACUGUCGUGAAUGGGAAUUGUUUAUGCUUGGUCACUCAGACGGGAAUGGACACUGAGAUUGGGAAAGUGCACCAGCAAAUCCACGUCGCUUCACAGAGCGAGGAGGAUACCCCACUGAAGAAGAAGCUGAAUGAAUUCGGAGAAGUCUUGACGAUGAUAAUCGGGCUGAUCUGCGCAUUGGUUUGGCUCAUCAACGUGAAGUACUUCCUUAGCUGGGAGUAUGUUGACGGGUGGCCGAGGAACUUCAAGUUUUCGUUUGAGAAGUGCACGUACUAUUUCGAGAUAGCAGUGGCACUGGCUGUAGCUGCAAUUCCCGAAGGAUUGCCUGCCGUGAUCACGACUUGCUUGGCUCUUGGAACACGAAAGAUGGCACAGAAGAAUGCCCUUGUGAGGAAGCUCCCUAGUGUGGAAACUCUGGGCUGUACCACUGUGAUUUGUUCUGAUAAGACCGGUACUCUGACUACUAAUCAGAUGGCAGUAGCAAAGCUAGUUGCUAUAGGUUCUGCACCCGGAAACUUGAGGGCAUUUAAAGUAGACGGGACUACAUACAGUCCAUAUGAUGGACAAAUUUAUGACUGGCCUACUGGCAAUAUGGAUGCCAAUCUUCAAAUGAUUGCAAAAGUUGCUGCCAUAUGCAAUGAUUCUGGCAUCGUUCCGGCAGAGAACAAGUUUAUUGCCCAUGGGAUGCCUACUGAGGCUGCCCUAAAGGUUCUAGUUGAGAAGAUGGGCCUCCCGGAGGGGUCUCAUGGGUCAACAAGCAGUUAUGAACUUUUGGGUUGUUGUCAGUGGUGGAAUAAAUCGGACCGUAGGAUUGCAACUUUGGAGUUUGAUCGAGAUAGGAAGUCAAUGGGAGUUAUUGUGAACUCAGGUUCUGGGAAGAAGUCGUUACUAGUGAAGGGUGCAGUAGAAAGCGUGUUGGAGAGAAGUAGUAAAAUUCAGUUGCGUGAUGGUUCUGUUGUUCAUUUGGAUCACCAUGCUAGAGAUGCCAUCUUAUUAGCUCUUCAUGAGAUGUCAAGCAGCGCAUUACGUUGUCUAGGCUUUGCGUACAAGGAUGAGCUACCUGAUUUUGAGACCUAUGAUGGCCGUGAAGAUCAUCCAGCUCAUCAGCUGCUUCUUAACCCGUCUAAUUAUUCAUCUAUCGAAAGUGAACUCACUUUUGUGGGCUUGGUUGGAUUAAGGGACCCUCCUAGACAAGAGGUUUACGAAGCAAUUGAGGACUGUCGGGCAGCUGGCAUUCGCGUCAUGGUUAUAACUGGAGAUAACAAGAAUACGGCCGAAGCAAUCUGCCGCGAAAUUGGGGUUUUCAAACCUAAUGAAGACAUCAGUUUAAAGAGUCGGACCGGAAAAGAGUUCAUGGAAAUGAGUGAUAAGGAUAAGAAAGAACAUCUUAGACGAAAUGGUGGGCUUCUUUUUUCGAGGGCUGAACCAAGGCACAAGCAGGAGAUUGUGAGGUUGCUCAAGGAUGAUGGCGAGGUGGUUGCUAUGACUGGUGAUGGAGUGAAUGAUGCCCCUGCCCUAAAGCUAGCAGACAUUGGUAUUGCAAUGGGAAUUGCUGGAACUGAGGUUGCAAAGGAAGCUUCUGAUAUGGUGUUGGCAGAUGAUAAUUUUAGUACAAUAGUUGCUGCUGUUGGUGAAGGGAGAUCUAUCUACAACAAUAUGAAGGCAUUUAUCAGGUACAUGAUUUCUUCAAAUAUUGGUGAAGUUGCGUCAAUAUUCCUGACAGCAGCUCUGGGGAUCCCGGAAGGCCUGAUUCCCGUACAACUUCUAUGGGUCAACCUUGUCACUGAUGGACCGCCUGCCACUGCUUUGGGAUUUAACCCUCCCGACAAGGACAUCAUGAAGAAACCACCCCGAAGAAGUGAUGAUUCUCUCAUCAGCGCAUGGAUUCUGUUUCGUUAUCUGGUAAUCGGGCUAUAUGUUGGAAUUGCGACGGUGGGAGUAUUUAUCAUCUGGUACACUCAUGGAUCCUUCCUCGGGAUUGACCUCAGUGCAGAUGGCCACACACUUGUCACCUACUCCCAGCUUGCAAACUGGGGCCAGUGCCAGUCGUGGACGAACUUCACAACCUCUCCUUUCACUGCUGGGAGCCAAGUCUUCACUUUCGAUAGCAACCCCUGCGAUUAUUUCCGGUCAGGAAAAGUCAAGGCCAUGACUCUGUCCCUCUCAGUGCUUGUAGCAAUCGAGAUGUUCAACUCUCUUAAUGCCCUCUCCGAGGACGGGAGCUUGCUGUCCAUGCCUCCCUGGGUCAACCCUUGGCUCCUGCUGGCCAUGUCAGUCUCGUUCGGGCUCCACUUCCUGAUACUCUACGUGCCAUUCCUUGCACAGGUAUUUGGGAUCGUGCCGCUCAGCUUCAAUGAGUGGCUUCUUGUGUUGGCUGUGGCCUUUCCCGUGAUUCUGAUCGACGAGGUGUUAAAAUUUAUUGGGAGGUGCAGGAGCGGGUGCCGUAGUUCAGUCAGGAGGAAAUCACCGAAGUCGAAGGCAGAGUGAGGGAAAGACGGAGAGAGAGAGAGAGAGAGUUGAAACUAUAUUUUGGUUCAUUUGAGCCCUCAUUGUUAUGGGCAUUCUCGGUCCAGCCAGUAACCCUAAGCUUGGAAAUUUUUUGGAGUUAGGGAUGGUUUGGCCCAUUUAACAGCCUGCUAAUACAUUCUUUUUUUGUUAUAUUACAUAUUUCAUUUCCUUUUGUGCA